AUGCGGCCCCCCAAAAUCCAGCGGGUCACGCUGCUAAUGACCGCCGUAUCCUUUGUGCUGAUUGGCUGUGGAACCUGUCAAUCAAACUCAUCCAAUGGCUUCCAUCUCUCCGAUGACCUGACAGCCGUCCAUAGCUCAGGUCACGAAUCUCUGAUGAUGCCCUCGGGGUCAAAGCACGUGACCCCUGACCCCAGAGCUGUCCGGCCGCUGUCGCUGCCCCCGGCGUGUCUGAGGAGGACCUACAUCGAGGGCUUGUUCAAAUACGUCAACACAGUUCUAUCCAGCCUCAUCUUUGUGGUGGGGAUGGUGGGAAACGCCACGCUGCUGAGGAUCAUCUACCUCAACAAGACCAUGAGGAACGGCCCGAACGCUCUGAUCGCCAGCCUGGCGCUGGGAGACCUCAUCUACAUCGCCAUCGACAUCCCCAUCAAUGUCUAUAAGCUGCUGGCGAUGCGGUGGCCCUUCGAUGACAGUGUGUUUGGUCUGUUCCUGUGCAAACUGAUGCCGUUUCUACAGAAAGCAUCAGUCGGAAUAACAGUUCUCAAUCUGUGUGCACUCAGUGUGGACAGGUAUCGUGCGGUAGUGUCGUGGAGUCGUGUUCAGGGUGUGGGGAUCCCUGUGUCCACGGCUGUAGAGAUCGUGUGUAUCUGGCUGCUGGCUGUAGUUUUGGCCGUUCCUGAGGCCAUCGGCUUCACAAUGGUCAGUUUCGACUACAACAACGUCACCAUCCGCACCUGCAUGCUGAAACCAGAGACGCCUUUCAUCACGCUCUACAGGGACGUGAAGGUCUGGUGGUUGUUUGGCUUUUAUUUCUGCGUGCCGCUGGUUUGUACGGUCGUCUUCUACACGCUCAUGACCUGUGAGAUGCUCAGCAACAGGAAGGGCAGCCUGAAGUUUUCCCUGAGCGAACACCUCAAACAGGUGAAGAACCGAACACUGAACGCUGAAAUGAACCAUUUCUUGCUGGUGUUCGAUUACCUGAGUAUAAAUCUGGCCACCAUCAACUCCUGCAUCAAUCCCAUAAUCCUCUACUUCGUCAGCAAGAAGUUCAAGAACUGCUUCAGGUCGUGUUUGUGUUGCUGGUGUUAUCCGGCCGGCUCGCUCUUGAGCAGCGUCGUGCCCCUGAAUGGGACCAGCUUCCAGUACAAGAGCCCUGAUCAGAACGGCUUAUCAGACCGGACCGCGCUGCGCAAGGACAGCUACAACUGACCUCAAUCACACACACACAC